AUGUCUUCCAUCUCCAACACUGCCGCUCAGUUCGUCCAGGGCCAGCGCGACACCACUGAUGUCUGCGAGGAGGUCAAGCCCGCCGUUGUUCACGAGGUCGUUCAGGCCAACGAGAGGGAGGAGGUUACGGAGGCUAUUGACCGUGAGAGGCACAUUACUCACUACCAGCAACGCGUCCAGCCCAUCGCUGACCGCCAGGUUAUGGCCGAGGAGCACGUCCACAACGUCGUCCCCGUAACCGAGCGCCGUGUCGCGGCCGAGAUGGCCCCCGAAGCCGCUCGUGCUCUCGAGGCUCAGUCUGCCGCUUUCCACGAUGAGCGCACCGUUCUCCCCACCCAGCGUGUCGAGGUCAACAAGGGCGCUGUCGCCACCGAGCACGUCCACCACCAUGUUCAGGAGGUUAUUCAGCCUGUGAUCGAGAGGGAGGUUGUUCAGUCCAAAGUUGUGCAUACUACUGUGCCUAUCCACGAGCACAUCACUGAGGCUCCUAUUGUUCACAAGCCUACUGUCCAGCCUACGAUGACCAUGGAGGAGUUCCGCGCCGCUGGUGGUUCCGUUGAAGGCCGUGGUGCCGUCUGCCAGACCUUCGUCGGUGAGACCCCUAAGGUCGAGGCCAACGGUGGUGCCGCCAACAAGCUCCCCCACCACCUCGGUGGCGGUGCCGGUGGUUUGACUGGUGGUGCUCGUGGUGAGCCCAUGGUCGAGGACCGUGUCUCGGAUGGUAAGAUCUUGUUUGUGUCGUACCUUCAGGUGAAGGGAAUCGAGCGCGACGCGGCGAUUGAUUUUAGUUUCGACGAGAGUUACUUCAACCAGUUUUUCGACAGGACUGGGCAUAAGUACCACGAAGCAUGUACGAACGUGCAAAGGUUUCUGCCGCAUGCGGGACGAGACCGGACAAGGAAGGAGUUGAAGAAGUAUCGUGAGGUUGUCGCGUUGAAGCGCUACGGAGGUGGAACAAGAAGAUCAGCAAUUGGCGCUGAGGAGGAAGAACUCAUACGAAAAGGAAAAAGUGGAUGGCGCGGGAACGGUCUUGACAAGAAACGUCCCGGACAAGUUUGA